AUGACGGACAAACUCCCCCCUCCGUUGCUUGCCCUUUUCCAGCCGCGGCCGCCCCUGCGCUAUGUCACUCCCAUUGAUCGGGCGCCCGAGGACGUGAAGAAAAGUACUAUCGGCGGCAUUGCACAGUUUCUGCCCGAGGCGAAGAAGUUCGAGGAGGAAGCUCCGUACAAUGCCACCGACAGUUGGUUGCAGCGCAAGUUCCGCCAGAAGGCCGAGGCGAAGGAGAGGUUGAACAAGCAAUUGACGGAAGGCAUUGAGCACUUUGAUCCUUCUACCGACGGACAAGCUCGAGGCGAUCCGUUCAAAACGCUCUUUGUUGCCCGGCUUAGUUAUGACGUGAAAGAGUCGGACCUGGAACGCGAAUUCGGACGCUUCGGUCCCAUUGAAAGGAUUCGAAUUGUGAAAGACAACGUGACUCCGAAGGGCUCUAAGAAGUCGCACAAGGGAUAUGCGUUUAUUGUCUACGAGCGUGAAAAAGAUAUGAAAGCUGCCUACAAAGAGACAGAUGGCAUCCGGAUCAAAGACCGCCGCGUCCUGGUAGACGUGGAACGGGGUCGCACUGUCAAGGGCUGGAAGCCUCGCCGGUUUGGCGGUGGUCUCGGAGGCCGUGGUUACACCAAGGCUUUGCCUUCUCGACCGAUUGGACCAGGAUUUGGAGCCCCCUCGGGACCUGGCGGAUACGGCGGUGGUUUCCGUGGUGGCUUCGGUGGCAGGGGAGGCAGAGGAGGUUUCCGUGAUCGUGGUUUUGGUGGCCCCCGUGGCGGUGUUGGAUACCAAGGUGGCCGCGGCGGGUUUGGCGGACAAGCUCCUCCCAACGCACCUUCUGGUCCCGGUGGUGGACGAAGUGGUGGCUUUGGCCGAUAUGACCGCGACCGAGGCGCAACCGGAAGCAACCGUGAACCUAUCAGACCCCGGGACAGCUAUGGCGACCGCGAUCGACGGGACCAUGACCGCGACCGUGACGGUGACCGACACAGAGACCGCGACAGGGAUAGCUACCGCUACCGGGACCGCGAUCGUGACCGCGAUCGUGGUGACAGGUAUGGCGGCCGUGAGGAUUACGGACGGAAGAGAUACCAUGAAGACGAUGCCUAUGAUGACCCUCGCGCCAAAAGAAGAUACUGA